AUGGCCGACAAGAAGAUUGAUGUCGAUUGCAUCGAGCAUGUUGAUCAGGUGCUGGUGGACGAGGCUGGUCGCAUCCAGCGUCUGCCGGUGCCCAGCGACGAUCCCAAUGACCCCUUGAACUUUGCACUGUGGGAGAAGACAGGCAUCGUGGUGUGCUGUUGUUGGUUCUCUAUCAUGUCACUCUCGGUCAUUGGUGGGCUGGGCUCUGUUCUGGAUGUUUUCUUUCAGAUGUACGGCGCAGAAGGUCACAGCACCAACCAGGUUGUCUGGCUCUCGACUUUCCCCUCACUAUUUGUUGGAAUUGAGGUGACCUUCAUUCACCAGCGCGGCACCAUCUAUGGCAUCUACUGGGCCACUCAAAACAUCGUGACGAGCCUUCUGACGCUGGCCAGCUCAUAUGAAGUAGCUGCGCUAGGGUGGCGCUGGUUCUACUGGGUGUUUGUUAUAACCGUCGCCGUCGGACUGGUGCUGGUGGUGUUUGCCUGCUUCGAGACGCGGUUCCAGCGUCGACCAAUCUUCGUGGGCGACCACGCCGUCAUCACCGAUCAAUAUGGAGUGACCCGAGUCCUGACUGCCCCAGAAACCCAAGAAUACCUCGCUAGUGAAGAGGGUCGCUCUUACGCCGACCUCGACGGCGACACGCCUCCCAAGAAAACCUACCGCCAGAUGCUCAGCGCUUGGCCACGCCUCUGCCCUCAUCCCCUACGCGACGUCCUGCUCACCUGGUGGCAGAUGCUCGAGACCUUCAGCUCGCCCGGCAUCAUCUAUGCCACACUCCUCUCUGCUGUCAUCUUAGGCGGGUCCGUCGGUGUCUCUCUCACCUAUGACACGGUCUUGCAGUACAACUACGGCUGGGGUGCCGCCAGCAUUGGCCUUAUCAACUUAGGCGGCGUCUUUGGCGGGCUGGGCGGCAUGCUCUACGCGGGGAUUUUGGGCGACCGUGUCAUUGUUUGGUUGGCCCGACGCGCCGGGGGUGUUCAUAAACCCGAACAUCAUCUCCUCUUAUUGAUUUUCCCAGGGCUGUUGGCAGUAGCCUCGCUGCUGUUAUAUGGAUUCACCGCCAGCGGCGAUGCCACUUGGGGAGGGCCUUUCAUGGGCUGGACGCUCUAUCAGGUAGCCUUCGUUUCGACCCUCAUCCGCACGACAUCGUUUGCCACGGAAGCAUGGGAGAAGAAUCCUGGUCCGGCGCUGGUGACGGUCGUGGGGACGAAGAACAUCAUAGGGUUUGGGGUCAGCUAUGGUUUGAACCCCAUGGUGGCCAAGUAUAGUUAUCCGGCAGCCAUGGGAAUUCUGGCGGGGGUGGUGGGUGGAAUUCUGCUGCUGGGGGUUCCCGUCUACUUCUUCAAUCCAAUGGUAAUUACCCGUCUUUUGCUGAUGAUUUUCGGAGAUGCAGUCAUGCUAACUUAG